UUCCCAGCAACUUUCCAAAUUCUUGGGUCCCAAGGCGGCUGCUUUGAUUUCUUUUUUUAUUUUAUAAGCACAUCUUUUGCCCCAGCAACAACACCAUGAAUUGGGUUUCUAUCAUUUUUUAAGGUUUUAAAUUCUAACUCCAUCUGCCCUCCACGAAUCUUGGAUACACAGCCACUUUUCAAGCACAAGAUCAGAGUUAAUUCAUUGUUCCAGAAAACAAGAGUAUUAAGGGUGCUAGACUUUGAAAACUAGUUCUCUUCAAAUGGCGUUGGCUAGGGUUGCUAGGAGCAGCUUGAGAAGAUCAGGAGGUGGCAUUGGUUGUUACUCAAGCGGGAGGGAAAUCUUCUGUGAAGGAGUAUCUGCUGAGAGAUCUGCCCUACCUUCCUUUGACAAUGUCAAAGCAAAUGGCAAUUCAUCAUUCUUUUCGGGGACAAUGAAGGUAGAUCACUCAAGCUUUUGGAGAAGAGGAGUAACAACAACUCCACAUUAUCAUUCCCCCUUAGCAGAGAGGAUUGUAGAAGGUACUGAAUUGGGACUUGAUCAUGAAGAACCAAGGUAUGCAGGACUGGAAGCAACCAAGCCAGGUGAAAAGCCUAGAGUGGUUGUCCUUGGCUCUGGAUGGGCAGCAUGCCGGUUCCUCAAGGGGCUUGACACUAGAAUUUAUGAUAUUGUUUGCAUUUCACCAAGGAACCACAUGGUGUUCACCCCUUUACUCGCUUCAACUUGUGUCGGUACCCUGGAAUUCAGGUCUGUAGCUGAGCCUGUUAGCCAGAUACAGUCUGCAUUGGCAACAGAACCCAAUUCAUACUUUUAUCUGGCUUCUUGCACAGGCAUUGACACUAACAAACAUGAGGUGUACUGUGAGACAUUGAGCAAUGGACUACUACCUCGUGAGCCUCACCAUUUCAAAGUUGCAUAUGACAAGCUUGUGAUUGCUGCUGGAGCUGAGCCUUUGACUUUUGGUAUCAAGGGAGUUAAGGAAAAUGCAUAUUUCCUUCGCGAAGUGAAUCAUGCCCAGGAAAUAAGGAAGAAGCUCCUCUUAAACCUCAUGCUCUCUGAAAAUCCAGGGGUAUCAGAAGAAGAAAAGAAACACCUUCUACACUGUGUCAUCGUUGGAGGUGGCCCUACUGGAGUGGAAUUUAGUGGUGAAUUGAGUGAUUUUAUAAUGAAAGAUGUUGAGGAGAGGUAUACUCAUGUUAAGGAUUACAUCAAAGUCACAUUAAUAGAGGCAAAUGACAUUUUGUCAUCCUUUGAUGUUGGACUAAGACAGUAUGCAACAAACCACCUGACCAAGUCUGGUGUUCAACUCAAGCGAGGCAUUGUGAAAGAGGUUCUUCCCAAAGAAAUCAUUCUCAAUGAUGGAACUGUGGUUCCUUAUGGCCUCCUAGUCUGGUCUACAGGAGUUGGUCCCUCAGAGUUUGUGAAAUCACUUAAUCUCCCCAAGUCCCCUGGGGGAAGGAUUGGGGUUGAUGAAUGGUUGAGGGUUCCUUCUGUGGAAGAUGUGUUUGGACUAGGAGAUUGUGCUGGUUUCCUUGAACAGACAGGAAAGCCGGUUCUUCCAGCUCUAGCUCAGGUCGCCGAAAGGCAAGGAAAAUAUCUGGUGGAGCUGUUCAACAGGAUUGGAAAACAGGACGCAGGCAAGGCUUUCAGUGCCAAAAACAUUCCUUUUGGAGACCCUUUUGUUUACAAGCAUCUCGGAAGCAUGGCAUCUGUUGGUGGGUACAAAGCACUGGUGGAUCUAAGGCAAUCCAAGGUAACCCACAAGCAUUUUCUGAUAGAAUCAAAGUCAACUUCUUUGGUACAUCAUAAAUCCAUAACCUACCUCUUCCCAAAUCCUUCAAUGUUGUACUCAAAAUUCAAACUUAACACUUCCAACAUGCCUCAAGUUCUAACAACUGACACACCCAGAAAGAAUAUUAAGACCUUGAUCCAUGUGAAUGUUGUCAGGAUGCAAAGGGUAUAUCACUGGCCGGAUUCCUCAGCUUUCUGAUAUGGCGGUCUGCUUAUCUGACACGCGUGGUCAGCUGGAGAAACAGAUUCUACGUGGCUAUGAACUGGGCAACCACUCUGGCAUUCGGCAGGGACAAUUCCAGGAUAGGUACAAAUUAGAGAAGCAUCUCCACAAAAUUAAGCACAAAUUUUGGUUUUAUGAGUCAGAGAGGAGCACCAAAUCAGUGUUAUGAAACCCAGUAUACAUGAUCAUGUGAUUUUCCUUCUUUUUUUUGUUCAAUAAAAUUUUUGGUUAUCAUUAUAUUAAAUCCAUUUAGUCUUC